AUGGGCCGGCCGUUCAACAAGUACCCGACCGCGCGUCGAGGUGGCGGCAGCUCGUCCUUUCGCGGCGGCGGGCGCGGGCGGGGCCGAGGAGGAGGGCGAGGCGGCCACACGGGCGGUGCGGUGCUCAAGACGAUGACCGAGGGCACGCGCGAGGACGACAAGCUCGACGAUGCGCGUGUGUGGGACGAGCUCGACGAGCACCUCGGGUUCCCCAAGUUUGUCGAGGGCGACCGGCGGCAGGGCUGGCUCGUCAACAUGAAGGAGACGCUCGUGCCGGACGAGGGCAAGAGCUCGGGGCGGCAAGGCGUCGACUACUACUUCAUCCAGGACGAUGGCGGCAUGUUCAAGAGCACGCUCACGUACGAGCCCUACUUCUACAUCGCGACGAGGAGUGGGCACGAGGGCGCCGUCGAGGAGUGGCUCAUGCGCAAGUACGAGGACCUCAUCACCAAAGUCCAGCGCAAGCGGCGCGAGGACCUCAAGCUCCCGAACCACCUCAUGGGCUACCGCCGCGACUACAUCGCCCUCUUCUUCCGCAACCAGGCCGACCUUUUCUCGGUCCGGCGCGAGAUUCUCCCGCUCGCGACCAAGAACCGCGAGAUGCUCGACGCCGUCGACACGUACGCCGAGGUCAUCGCGGGCGAGACCAACUUUGCGGCGAUGGACUACGACAUGGAGGACGGGUUCGGACGCGGCGAGAGCUUUGCCAAGGGCGCAGGCGCGACGGGCCCGGUCGGCAACCCGUCCGACUCGAUCAUCGACAUUCGCGAGUACGACGUGCCGUACUACCUGCGCGUCGCCAUCGACAAGAACGUCCGAGUCGGCCUGUGGUACGAGGUGACGGCCGACGCCGGCGAGAUCCGCCUGCGACACCUCGAGGAGCGAGUCGCGCGAGCCGAGCCCGUCGUCAUGGCGUUCGACAUCGAGACGACCAAGGCGCCGCUCAAGUUCCCCGACCAGCUCACCGACCAGAUCAUGAUGAUUUCGUACAUGAUCGACGGCCAGGGCUUCCUCAUCACGAACCGCGAGAUUGUCGGCGCCGACAUCGAGGACUUUGAGUACACGCCCAAACCCGACUACGAGGGCCCGUUCACCAUCUUCAACGAGGCCGACGAGGCCGCGACGAUCCGCCGCUUCUUCGAGCACUUUCGCGAGGCGCGCCCGACCGUCUGCGCGACGUACAACGGCGACUCGUUCGACUUUCCGUUCCUGCUCGCGCGCGCCAACGUGCACGGCAUCGACAUGUACAAGGAGAUUGGCUUCACCAAGGACGCCGAGGACGAGUUCAAGAGCCGCUCGUGCGUCCACAUGGACUGCUUCCGGUGGGUCAAGCGCGACUCGUACCUGCCGCAGGGCAGCCAGGGCCUCAAGGCCGUCACGGUCGCCAAGCUCGGCUACAACCCGAUCGAGCUCGACCCAGAGCUCAUGACGCCGUACGCCGCCGAGCACCCGCAGAUCCUCGCCCAGUACUCGGUGUCGGACGCCGUCGCAACCUACUACCUGUACAUGAAAUAUGUGCACCCGUUCGUCUUCUCGCUGUGCAACAUCAUCCCGCUCAACCCGGACGAGGUCCUGCGCAAGGGCUCGGGCACCCUGUGCGAGACGCUCCUCAUGGUCGAGGCGUACGCCGGCAACGUCGUCUACCCGAACCGCCACGUCGAGAGCCACAACAACAUGCACGACGGCCACCUGCUCGAGUCCGAGACGUACGUCGGCGGCCACGUCGAGGCGCUCGAGGCCGGCGUCUUUCGCAGCGACAUCUCGACCGACUUCAAGAUCGUCCCGAGCGCGAUCCAGGGCCUCAUCGACGACCUCGACGACGCGCUCCAGUUCGCGCUCGCCAAGGAGGGCAGCAAGCCGAUCCCGCUCGAGUCGGUCGAGAACUACGCCGAGGUCAAGCGCGAGAUCCAGACGAUGCUCGAGGAGCUGCGCGACAAACCUGUACGGUCCGACACGCCGCUCAUCUACCACCUCGACGUCGCCGCCAUGUACCCCAACAUCAUGUUGUCGAACCGGCUCCAGCCCGACUCGAUCGUGACCGAGGCCGACUGCGCCGCGUGCGACUUUAACCGCCCGGGCAAGCAGUGCCAGCGCCGCAUGAAGUGGGCGUGGCGCGGCGAGUUCUUCCCCGCGUCGCUCGGCGAGUACAAGAUGAUCCGCAACGCGCUCGAGAACGAGGCGUUCCCGCCCAAGUGGCCGGGCAAGCCCGAGCGCCGGUUCGCCGACCUCGCGCCCUCGGAGCAGACGGCGCUCCUCCACAAGCGCCUCGGCGACUACUCGCGCAAGGUGUACGCCAAGACCAAGGAGACCAAGAUCGAGACCAAGGAGGCCAUCGUGUGCCAGCGCGAGAACCCGUUCUACAUCGACACGGUGCGCACGUUCCGCGACCGGCGGUACACGUACAAGGGCCUGCACAAGGACUGGAAGAAGAACCUCGACAAGGCGUCCGCCGGCGGCAGCCUGCCCGAGGUCGUCGAGGCCAAGGCCAUGAUCGUCCUGUACGACUCGCUCCAGCUCGCGCACAAGUGCAUCCUCAACUCGUUCUACGGCUACGUCAUGCGCAAGGGCGCCCGGUGGCACUCGAUGGAGAUGGCCGGCAUCACGUGCCUCACGGGCGCGAGCAUCAUCCAGAUGGCGCGCAAGCUCGUCGAGCAGAUCGGUCGGCCCCUCGAGCUCGACACGGACGGCAUCUGGUGCAUGCUCCCGAGCACCUUUCCCGACGGCUUCACGUUCAAGCUCAAGGGCGGCGGCAAGUUCGGUCUGUCGUACCCGUGCACGAUGCUCAACCAUAUCGUGCACAAGGACUUCACCAACGACCAGUACCACGAGGUCGGUCCCGACGGCCGCCACGUCGUGCGCGAGGAGAACUCGAUCUUCUUCGAGCUCGACGGCCCGUACCGCGCCAUGAUCCUCCCGUCGUCCAAGGAGGAGGACAAGCUCCUCAAGAAGCGCUACGCCGUCUUCAACGAGGACGGCAGCCUCGCCGAGCUCAAGGGGUUCGAGGUCAAGCGCCGCGGCGAGCUCCAGUUGAUCAAGACGUUCCAGUCGCAAAUCUUCGAGAAGUUCCUCCUCGGCGCCACGCUCGAGGAUUGCUACGCCGAGGUGGCGACCGUCGCCGACAAGUGGCUCGACGUCCUGUUCACCAAGGCCAUCAGCCUCCCCGACGAGGAACUCGUCGAGCUCAUCGCCGAGAACCGCUCGAUGAGCAAGACGCUCGCCGAGUACGCCGGGCAAAAGUCGACGUCGAUCAGCACGGCGCGCCGCCUCGCCGAGUUUCUCGGCGAGCAGAUGGUCAAGGACAAGGGCCUCGCGUGCAAGUUCAUCAUCUCGGCCAAGCCCGCCGGCGCGCCCGUCACCGAGCGCGCCGUCCCCGUCGCCAUCUUCUCCGCCGAGUUGAGCGUCAAGCGCCACUUCCUGCGCAAGUGGCUCAAGGACAACAGCCUCGAGGAGUUCGACCUGCGCUCGAUCCUCGACUGGGACUACUACAUCGAGCGCCUCGGGUCCGUCGUCCAGAAGCUCAUCACGAUCCCGGCCGCGCUCCAGAAGGUGCCCAACCCGGUCCCGCGCAUCCGCCACCCGGACUGGCUCUUCCGCCGCGUCGCCAACCUCGCCGACAAGUUCAAGCAGCACCGUCUCGACGACAUGUUCGCGCGCCAGAAGCCCGUCGGCGACGUCGAGGACCUCGGCGGCGGCUCGAGCGCCGCCGUCGGCCAGUCGCGCAGGCAGCGCACGCCGCCGCCGCCGCCGCCGUCACCGCCUCCACCUGCGCCCAAGCCCGACAUCACGCGCUCGUUCAGCGCCUGGAUCGCCUUCAUGAAGCCCGUGUGGCGCGAGAAGCGCAAGGCGGUCGCCGAGGCGAGGCGGUCCGGCGGCGGGUUCGGCGCCAAGACGGGCACGAUCGGGUCGAUGCUGCACCAGCGCUCGACGUUCCUCUCGUCGUCGGUGUGGGAAAUUGUCCAGAUCGCGCCCGUCGCCGAGCGGCCCGGCGAGUUCAAGAUGUGGCUCCUCAUCGCCGGCACGCUCCAGAGCGUCCGCCUGCGCGUCCCUCGCCAGUUCCUCGUCAACUUUGUCGACUUGCCGACCGGCGACGACGCGUUCCCGCCCGACUGCAAGGUCGAGGCCAUCUCGCGCACGCUGCCACGCGCCCAGCCCGCCCUCAACCUCGUGCGCCUCACGACGUCCGAGGACGCCUACGUGCGCGACGAGCCCCUGUACGGCGAGCUCCUCAAGGGCCCGAGCGUCGACGGCGUGUACGAGCAGCAGGUGCCGCUCCUCAUGCGCGCCCUCCUGCGCCUCGGCGCGUCGUGCGUGCCCGACGCCCGGCGCGGCGUCACGCUCAACCGCGGCCUCGACCGCCACUUUGAGCUCGACGACCUCAAGGCGCCCGAGGCGUCGCUCACGCGCCGGCAAUACCUCAACAAGGGCCUCGAGCUGCGCUACACGUACCUGUUCCACGCCACCAACGACUUUCGACACGUGUUCGGCCUCUUUAUGCCGACGGGCACGGCCAAGGUGUACGUCGUCGAGCGGGGCAAGGCGCGCGACGUGAGCAGCCUCGACACGUACUACGCCGACCAGCUGCGCAAGCGGCGCGACGCCGAGGACGAGCGCGUCAAGGGCGACAAGGCGGCCAAGCGCGAGGUCGGCGCGUUCGAGUACCUCGAGCGCAUGAGCAUCGUCGUCGCGUACGCGAGCAACGAGGACGUCGCCUUGCGCCAGCUGUCGCGCGACCUCGUGUCGCUGUCGGCGCAGAAGCAGAUGGCGUCGCUCCUCGUCGUCCACUCGCCCAAGCCACGCGCCUACUUCGACGAGCGCGUGCCCGGCUGCAGCAACUUCCCGUUCGUCGCCAUCCAGUCGUCCAAGGCCGAGAACACGUUCCCGAGCGCGCUCGGGUGGCAGGUGCCGGCCUGUCGCCGCAUGGUGCAGCACUACCUGCGCUCGUCGGUCUGGAUCCGCGAGCGCAUCGAGCUCGCCGACCGGUUCGACGUGCCCGUGUGCAACCUCGACCGCGACGUGCCCGUCUUCCUCGCCGACGUCGACUUUGCGCGCCGCCUGCACAAGGCCGACUGCGUCCUGUGGUGGUCGCCGGCGGCGCGACCCGACCUCGGCGGGCGCGAGGCCGACGCCAACGCGAGCCAGCUGUCGGACGAGCUCGUCAACCCCGAGGUCGGCAAGCCCGGGUGCUACUCGAACGCGUGCCUCGAGGUCGAGAUCCGCAACCUCGCCGUCGACGCCGUCCUCCAGUCGGCGCUCGUGUACGAGCUCGAGGGCGGCGAGGGCGCCGGCCUCGACGAGCAGGCGCACAACCUCGACGACUACGCCAAGGGCACCGCCAACGCGCCGCACGUCCUCGGCGACGCCAUCCUCCCGACCUCGACGUUCAACAUGGUGCGCGCCAUGGUCAAGGCGUGGUCGAUCGAGGCGGCCAAGCCCGACGGCGCGCACUGGCGCCUCAUGCUCGAGCACUUUUGGCGCUGGAUCAGCUCGCCGGCGUCCAAGCUGUACGACCCGGCCCUGUACCGGUUCGUGCACGGCCUCAUGCGCAAGACGUUCAGCCAGCUCCUCGCCGAGUUCCGCCGCCUCGGGUCCGACAUCGUCCACGCCGACUUUGGCCGCGUCUUCCUCCUGACGUCCAAGCCGUCGUCGUCGACCGCGUACGCGUACGCCAACUACAUCGUGUCGUCGGUCACGACGCGCGAGCUGUUCCGCUACGUCCAGCUCGAGAUUGUCCGGUUCUGGGACGAGCUCGUGUGGCUCGACGCGGCCAACUCGGCCGGCAUCGUGUGUCACCGCCCGGACCUCGACGAGCAGCCCCUCGAGCAGGUCGAGAUCGAGAUGCAGUUCAACAUCGCGACCUACCUCCCCGCCGCCGUCCAGGACGACUUUACGGCCGUCGUCGGCCGCUUCGUCCACGGCAUGCUCGUCGCCAAGCGCCAGCAGGCCGACGACUUGCGCACGCCGCUCCGCAUCCUCCAGAACGGCCUCGAGUCGACGGCGCGCCCGACGGCCGCCCCGGCGGCGGCGGCGGCGGCAGGAGGCGACGGCAAGGACGGUCCCGCCGAGCCCGACGCCGCCAAGGUCCUCGUCAGCGAGACGCUCACGCGCCAGCUCCUCAAGGCCGUCACGUCGCUCAAGGAGCGCUACGCCGACAAGGACGACCCCGAGGCGUUCGCGUUCCCGGUCCUGCCCGGCUCGCACCUGCGCCUCAAGAACCCGGUCCUCGAGUUCAUCAAGACGACGUGCGCCGUCCUCGCCCUCGCCAAGGACGUGUCGGAGGAGGUCGUCGUCCUCAAGCGCAACCUGCUCGACCUCAUCGGCGUGCGCGAGUUUGCCCGCGAGGCCGCGUUCGUCAACCCGUGCUUGCCGUUCAAGGUGCCCAUGGUCGUCUGCCGCACGUGCAACUCGAUCCGAGACCUCGACCUGUGCCGCAACGUCGCCUUCCUCGUCAAGGACCACCCGUGGCAGUGCGAGCGGUGCUCGACCGAGUACGACAAGGCGACGAUCGAGGCCCUCAUCAUCGACGCCCUGCAGCGUCGCCUCGUGUCGUACCAGCUGCAGGACCUGCGCUGCGGCAAGUGCAGGACGAUGAAGGGCGAGAACCUGCGCUCGCACUGCGACUGCUCGGGCGAGUACCAGAUGGCCGAGACGCGCCAGGAGCUCGUCAAGCGCCUCCAGGUCACGGGCAACGUCGCCGAGUUCCACAAGCUCGCGACGCUCGGCGCCGCCGUCGAGUGGAUGCGCAGCAUGGUCCACUGA